AGUCGACUAGCUCCAACAUCAUCAUCUAACUAGAUCAUCAGCAUCAAAAUCUUCACAAGCGUUUACAGUUUACACACAAAUUAAGAGAUGGAGAUGCAAACCAAUUGCGACUUGGAACUUCGCCUUCUUUCUCCUCCUUAUGAUUCAAGCAGCUCUAAAACUCCACAGCCAAAGAAAGAAUCUCAGAUUCUAACUAUUUUCUACAACGGUCACAUAUGUGUUUCUUCAGAUCUUACCCAUCUCCAGGCAAAAAGUAUACUGUCACUAGCGAGUAAAGAUAUCGAAGAGAGAUCAUUAUCAUUGAAAAGUUCAGACGGUCCGGAUCCUUCAAUAAUCCCAAACAAUUUGACCCGAGUUCAUCAUCAAAAGGCCUCCAUGAAGAGAUCUCUUCGUAGUUUUCUUCAGAAACGGAAUGUUCGGAUUCAGGCUUCUGGCCCUUACCAUCAUUCUCGAUAAAUUUGUUUAUCUAGUUUCAGCUUUUCUCAUUUCAGACAUUAAGUUAUCACAAUUUUUUUUUGUUUAUAGGACUGCUUUCCCUGCUGUGUCUUUGACAUAAUAUAAAGAACCUUGAGUAGUUUAAGA